UUCAAUUUUUACUUAAAUUUUUGAUUCAUAUUAUUCUUUAGGUGAAAGUACUAUGACCAGAAAAAGAAGGAAGUUUGUCACUGAUAGUGACAAUAGUGAUGAUGAAAAGCCUGGAAAAAGUUCAAAAAAUAAGGAUUCUUCCGACAGCCUUUCAGAAUCGAGCGAGGAAGAGGAAUGGACUCUAAAUACAGAGGGUCGUAAAGCCCAGCCUAAGAAGAUUGGUAAGAAAGAUGAAAAGAAAGCCACUAACAGUGCAGGCUCUAUGGAAUCUGCUUCAGAUGAGGGGGAACUGACUGAGAGUGAGAAUGAAUCACUCAGCGAGGACUCAGAUGAUGCUACUUUCAAUGAUGGAUUAGAUGAAAACUGUGUGGGAGAUUCAGAGGAUCGGAAUAAACUUAUGAAUAUGACAGAGGCUGAGAGGGAGAGAGUUCUCUUUGAGCGAAUGGAAAAGAGGGAAAGUAUGAAGACAAGGCAGGAAAUUCAACGUAAAUUGAAGCUUCAGAAAAAGAAAGAGGAGGCAGCAAAACUAGAAGUAGACAGAAAGAAAAGUGAGCAAGAAACUAAAGCAGCAGUUAGAGCUCAGCGCAUGAGAAAGACUCCGCUAGAUGACAAAGGAAAAGGAAAAGCUAUUGAUGAACUGAGAGCAAAGCGAGAGGCUCACAAAGCUAGAUUGAAAUCAUCUGAAAGAAGAUCCAGGAGCCCAGAACCUAAACCAUUACUCAAAACAAAAGAUGUCUACACUGAUGAUGAUGAUGACGAUGACAAGUCCUUAUCAUCAUCAGCAAGUUCUGCUGAGUCAGGGGAAGACAGUGACAGAGAAUCAACUCCUGAGGUUGUUCGCUACAUUUCAUCGAAAGAGCAGCUUUCUAAAAUCAGACUAUCGAGAUUUAAAUUAGAAAAGUGGGUUCAUCUGCCUUUCUUCAAGGACACUGUUUGUGGCUGUUUUAUCAGAAUUGGUAUCGGUGACAAAAUGGGAAAAAAAGUUUACAGGGUUGCUGAAAUAUAUGAUGUUGUUACAACUCCCAAAGUUUACUCUCUUGGUAAUGUCAAAACGAACAAAGGGCUCAAAGUUAGGCAUGGUUUGGCAGAAAACAUGUAUCGUCUUGAAUUUGUUUCAAACCAGGAUUUUACUGAUUCAGAGUUUUUGAAGUGGCAAACAACAUUAAACCAAAAUAAUUUAAAACUCCCCCCAAUUAAGUUUGUUGAUACCAAGCAUAAGGCGAUUCAAAAGGCAAUGAACCAUGAAUUUACUGAAGCAGAGAUAGAGUAUAUUGUUAAGGAAAAGCAAAAAUUCCGUAAGAAUCCUCGGAACUAUGCUGCUAAAAAGAGUGAUAUCCUCACUCAGAAACAGUUAGCAGAAACUCUUGGAGAUUAUGCUGAGGUGGAAAAACUCAAAGCAGACCUGGAAGAUAUUGAAGUGGAUGCAGAUAAGCUUAGCAAACAGAGGAAUAAAAGUUUGACUGCUAUCAGUUACAUUAACGACAAAAACAGGCUGCGAACAACUGAACAGAUUGAGGAAGCUUUAAAGAAUGAAUAUCAGGAGGAGAAAUCAGCUGUUCCCAAUCCAUUUCAACGUCGUAAAACUGUUCCCUCUGUUGUUACACCAAAUUAUCAAGCUACAGAGGAUGCAUCUAAACAUUCAGAUAUUCUGAAGAAACUUGCUGAAGAACGUGACAAGCAUGAUUCAGCUAAGAAGUCAGUUACAGAUGCAGAGACUAAAAAAGCUGAACUUGCCAAGGAAAGUAAGGUUGUAGAUCCUUUUGAACUUCACAACGGCUGUGAUAUUGAUAUAGAUAUCGGGCCUGUGGACGCAGCUCCAGCUAUAUCACCCUCCCCAGACAGUUCAGCACCAGGUCGGAGGCGUAUCAAUUUAUCAGACUAUAAUAAACGAAUCGGCCUCAUGUGACACUGGCUUUUAGCUAUUUUAACGAUUUUAUGGUACCAUCUGAGAGCUUUUUGAUAAUUAUUGUAUACCGAUCCUGAUAACUAGGUUAAGGCUACACGCACCGUAACAUGAUCUGAAGCCUGUCAAUGAAGAAGAUUCGGCACAAUUCAACCAGGAUAUCUGAAAUAUGAUAUAAUGCAAUUAUUACAGAUUAUUUGUGAAAAUUAUAGGGUAGAUUCAUCUUAGGUCUAGGGCAUGUUGAUAGAUCUUUUAAGAGAAAUUAAAUGACCAAUUGAAGAGGUCUAAAAUAAACAAUCAACUCAUUCAAUGAGUGUGAGAAUCUUGCAAGAUCUCUGCAGUA